GAGAGGGGAGAGGUGGAGAUGGAGAGACGUGGAGAGAACCCCUACACUCAGGCUGCACAGUGGACUACUCCCAGGCGGAUGGGUGAGUGAGACAGAGAGAGAGAGGGGGGGAAAGGGGAGAGGGGGAGAUGGAGAGACGUGGAGAGAACCCCUACACUCAGGCUGCACGCUGGACUACUCCCAGGCGGAUGGGUGAGUGAGACAGAGAGAGAGAGAGGGGAAAGAUGGAGAGACGUGGAGAGAACCCCUACACUCAGGCUGCACACUGGACUACUCCCAGGCGGAUGGGUGAGUGAGACAGAGAGAGGGGAGAGGUGGAGAUGGAGAGAUGUGGAGAGAACCCCUACACUCAGGCUGCACGCUGGACUACUCCCAGGCGGAUGGGAACUUCAUCUCGUUUGUACUGCCCAUGGCGUUCUUUAACUUCGUGGUGCCCGUCUUCAUCAUGGUCACCUCGUACAGCGCCGUGGAGCGUAAGUUCAAGAGGACUGGUCACAAGUUCAGGACAUCUCUGCCCGUGCUAUGUUUGGUAAUCUGCUGGGCACCCUAUGCUGCCCUCUGCCUCUUCGCUUGCGUCCACAACCCACUCGUCAUUCCGGCCAAGUUCCGCAUGAUCCCCGCGGUGCUGGCUAAGACUUCUCCCACCGUGAAUGCGUUUCUCUAUUCGCUGGGCGGCGGGGCCGGGCAGGGAUUCCGUGGCUCAGCCUGGACCCUGCUCACGGGCGCCCCCAAGCAGCCGCAGACCCCAGGGCACGGCAAGGACAAAUAGUGUCCCUUUAAGAACAAAUAGGGCGUUCCUUUAAGAACAGGGGGGGGGGGGUCCAUUUAAGACGGAUCACCAAAACAUCGCGUGUCCCUUUAACAACAACAACACAUAGUUGGAGGGGGGUGUCCCUUUAACAACAAACAUGGCGUCCCUUUAAGAACAGGGGGGGGGGGGUCCAUUUAAGACGGAUCACCAAAACAUCGCGUGUCCCUUUAACAACAACACACAGUGGGAGGGGGGGUGUCCCUUUAACAACAAACAGGGCUUCCCUUUAAGAACAGGGGGGGUUCAUUUAAGACGGAUCACCAAAACAUCGCGUGUCCCUUUAACACCAAGACGGGGGGUCCUGUAUCGCAAUGGGUCCCUUUAAUAAGCAGGCAUCCCUUUAAGAACAGGGGGGCGGGUCCAUUUAAGACGGAUCACCAAAACAUCGCGUGUCCCUUUAACACCAAGACGGGGGUCCUGUAUCGCAAUGGGUCCCUUUAAUACGCAGGCGUCCCUUUAAGAACAGGGGGGUCCCUUUAAGGCAGGUCACCAAAAAAGGCACCCAUAUUAAGAACACGGUUUCCUUUAAGACUGGAGGGGGGGAGGUCCUUUAAAGACGGGUCACAAAACGAACAGAACAGUUCCCUUUAAGACCAGGGGACACUUUAAGACCGGUCACCAAAAUAGGUACCGUUUAAGAGCAUGGUUCCCUUUAAGACCAGAAGGUCCGUUCGAGUUUGCCGACGUUGACGCGCUGAAACAGCGCUCUGAAAAAAAAAGGGUCAUCGCCCGAAACGUCGCCUGUUAUUUUAUAUCUAUUACCGUAGCCUAACCGUGUCCAAUUUAACACCACGGUGGUCGAUCCCAGUUUCAGCGGUUCUCCCGUAACCCCGCUCUCCCUGUAUCCCAACUCUCCUCCCCUAACACGUCCAUUGAAGAGACGGAGUAGGUCCUUAAUUAGCCCCCCCCCCCCCUAUUAAUUAGCUAGGGCCCCCCAAUCCAAAUCUGGCGAUCAGCCACUGCUGCUGUUUGGAAUAAAGUCUCAGAGUGUAAAUCUC